CGAGAAGCAGCGCCGCGGGUUCGGAUCCUGAUCCCGGACUGUCAGCGAUCGCCGGACUGGCCGGAGCCGAACCAGGAAUGUGCAGUGGAUCAAUUUUAUGCCGUGCCCAUGAGUCCAAACAGCUGUAGCAGUGCUUCAUCCUCCAGUCUAUGAACUUCAAUUUCAGGGUGAAAAUAUAAAAUGGCUGUUCAACGAUUACACCGAACUUCUGAAAUAUGAUUGGAUUCAUGACACUAAGAGAGAGACUGGGAGCAUUAACUCUAAUGGCCAAGUCUGGAGAUCAGGCGGUCGUUUGAAGAAGUCAUGGGUAGCUGUUGUAGCUGUCCAGAUAAAGACACUGUCCCAGAUGACCAUCAAGCAAAAUUUAAGGUGAUUAAUGUGGAUGAUGAUGGUAAUGAGCUGGGUUCUGGUAUAAUGGAACUUACAGACACGGAAUUGAUUUUACAUACGCGGAAGAGAGAUCCUGUGAAAUGGCCCUACCUCUGCCUGCGCCGUUAUGGCUAUGAUUCUAAUCUCUUCUCUUUUGAAAGUGGCCGGAGAUGUCAAACUGGGCAAGGAAUUUUUGCUUUCAAAUGUGCACGAGCAGAAGAGAUUUUCAACUUGCUGCAGGAUAUCAUGCAGUCUAACAGUAUAAGUGUAGUGGAAGAGCCAGUUGUAGAAAGAAACGAACAACAAAAUGAAUUAGAUAUUCCAAGAACUCCAAGGACACCUACCACUCCAGGUUUUGUGCAACCAAGUUUACCAAAUGGAUAUCCUCGGUAUCCAUCAUUUGGAGAUGGCUCCUCUCAUCCUUCAACACGACAUCCAUCUGUAGGCAGUGCACGCCUGCCCUCAGUAGAUGAAGAGUCAACACACCCUCUGAUUGUUUCAGAGGAACAAGUUCACACAUAUGUCAAUACCUCUGGUGUACAUGAAGAACUGAAAAGCAGAUCCACUGUGCAAACAUCAUUGGAACUCCGACCCUUAAAUGGUGAUGUCAACAGAGAAUUAGGAGAUCAUUGCUGUUCAAUCGAAGAGAGAAACCCCCAAGUUGUCUUUGAACCCGAAGGGGUUAAGUUUGUUUUGGGACCAACUCCUGUGCAAAUGCAGCUCAUGGAAAAGGAGAGACAGGAAGCUCUUGGAAGUGAGCAGACAAGUGCUGGCAGUGGCACUAAUUGUACUGAUUGGGACACUGGUUAUGACAGUGAUGAGCGCAAGGAAGCACCCUCUACUAACAAACUAGUGUAUGAAAACCUUAAUGGCCUGUCAAUCCCCAAUGCCUCCGGAGGCAGGCGGAGUAGACUAACAUCAAAUAAUAGUACCGAUGCUCAGAAUAUCAACAAUUCUGCUCAGAGGAGGACUGCACUCUUGAAUUAUGAAAACUUGCCUUCUUUGCCUCCAGUGUGGGAAGUACGCAAACUAAGCAGAGAUGAAGAAGAUAGUUUGGGACCAAAGACGCCUUCUCAGAAUGGUUAUCACACUAAUCUUGAUCAAAUGCACAACUAUGUCAAUACAGAGAAUGUAACUGUUCAGCCUAACUUACACAAGGUUGAUUUUUUACGACAACUGGAUUGUUCCCCAAGCGUUUUUAAUUUUGAUAUAAGGCGACCAAGUCUUGAACAUAGGCAGCUGAACUACAUCCAAGUUGACUUGGAAGGUGGUAGUGAUUCAGACAACCCACAGACUCCAAAAACACCCACUACUCCACUUCCACAAACUCCAACCAGGCGAACAGAAUUAUAUGCUAUGAUAGACAUAGAAAAGACUGCUGCUAUGUCAAACUUACAGAAAGCACUGCCAAGAGAUGAUGGAACAGCAAGAAAAACAAGACAUAACAGUACUGACCUUCCAAUGUGAGCCUAGGAGGCACUAUUUUGUUUAGUUGCACCUUUGUUAAAUAAAGAGACAGGGACUAAGUUCUCUCUUCUAAAAUCUAACAAGUUAAUAGACUGAAUUAAGGAAAAGUUAUAGGAAUAUUGUAUUUUGAGCCUUACAUGCUAUGCCAGUUUAAAGGGAAUUCAUGUAGAGCAGGAACUCCAUAAGAGCACCCUUUUUUACUUUAUCAUUCUGCAGUUUAAACUUAGGUUAUAGAACAUGAUCACUUUUACAAUGUUAAUUCCAUUUAACUGAAUUGGAAUUAAACGCCGCUUCCCUAAACAUUGACAUUGAUGCAGAUAUCUAAGUCUACUUUUAUGAUGGCUUUUCCAGCAAUUCUUACAGAAUUUUUAUGGUAUGUGUAUUCUUUGCAGGCAAAUGACAUACCUAACUAAAUUUAAUUUCUGCAGUUUCUACUGUGAUGUAUGUGUGUGUGUGUUUGUUUGUUUGUUUGUUUGUUUCAUUAGUCUUAACUGAUUCUGGGCUUACAACUUGUAUUUGUAUUGAGAUUUUGCUAACCAAAAUCCAAGUAUGAAUGUGCAUUAAUCACUUUCACCAGGCAAUAGUGUAACAUGACUGAGGAUAUAAUGCAGCAUGUCCCUUAAUUUCAAAGGAAUUUGCUGGAGGACAUUAAAACACCAUGUUUGUGCCUUGUAGUCAUUAUGUUCAAAGUACUUUGCUGUCAGUGCUGCUCCUUUUGCUAGUUUACUUUGUUCUACCAGUUUCAUUCAGGUCUAAUUUGUUGAAUCUAAUCACAUUCUGAAAAUAAAAUUGCAGUUUCCUCUGACUGUAAAUUAGAGUACUUUUCACAUGAUUAGCAACUGGUCAUAUUAAACCUUCAGUCAGUGACACAGUGCCAUUUAAUAAUUGUAAAAAAAAACACACGCUACAGUUAUCAAUUCCUAGACUAUAAAAUACACUAAAAGAUGGAACUUGCAUCUAAUGUUUCUUGACUAUUUUUGUAUUGUACAAUACUGUAAAAUUUUCUAACGUGUUAUAAAGUGUUAGUCUCUUUCUGCAUAAAUAUAGUGAUUGUAUAAAAGUAGUAAAAUAGUUCUAAAAUUAUUUUUUACAUAGGGCACAAAAAUAGUACAAGCUCAGAGUGGCGCACAUCCUUGCUUAAUUUUGUUGUAAAUUUUUUUAUAUAUAUUUUACCCAUUUUUGGUGUUUUGAGUUGCAAACAUUCCAUGUUUUUCUUGCAUUGCUCUUUGUCAUAACCGAGUUUAGGAUAUACUCCAAGCAAAAAUUAGUUAGACGUUGCCAUGUUUUAUUGUUUGAAUUUCAGGUACUGAUGUUUGCCAAAAUUGCUGGUUUUGAGGAAUGCCCAUAUGUUUUGUGCCUGAGGUUGUCAAAUGUCAAAAGUGCCAAUAUUGUAAUAUUUUUUGUAGCAUGAGAAUGAUGAUUUUACAAACAUUUAUCAUUGCUACAGUCACCUGGUUUACAAGAGUCCUCUAGUUUUGAAGUAAAACCAAAUUUUUUAAAUAAAUCAUUGUUUAUGUAUUUGGCAGCUGCCCAGAAAUUCAGCGUUUAACAGCUCUUGAAGUUCACUGUGGAAUAAGCUGCAUCACAAGAAGUGAGCAAUGUACUUAGUGUAUGAUUAAUAAACUUUUUUUUUUGCUGAAUAACAA